AUGCAGAAAACUUUCAAAAACGUUACAAAGAAAGCCGUCGAGGGCAACAAUUACACAAAGUUUACUCAUCCAAAGGUCUCUCGAGGCAAGACAGCGUUUCCUUCUGGAACACAACUUUAGAAGCAAAUGGGCGUUCGCUACGACUACGAUGGAGAGGUCAAGAAAGAUGGAGUCGACUGUCACAAGUACAACUUACAGCCUAACGCCGGGGACGAUAUACCUUCGUCCAUCAAAAGAUGGAGGAAGGACAAUGGCGGCACUCAUGAAGUCAUGGCCGUUGUUUAUGUGAAGAAGGACGGCACUAAGGAUGACGUCGAAAAGGCACUCCACGACGCUCACAAGAACGUCAAGGGAUGA